AUGAACACUUUGGAGGAUGUCCCAUUUCAGAGCCUACUGGGUCCAAUUGAGGAGGAAGUGCAGCUUGUGAUGGCUCCAGACAUCACUUUACCAGACAGCCAUCGGAUACUACGAGACACAGAGUAUGGCUUCAACCUGGAGAAAUGGAUCUUAACUGGGCAACAGCCAGUCUGUCAGGCGCCAUCCUGCCCCCCCUACUGGCUGAUGUUCAGCAGCCCUCAGGUCAGCAAGAAGGCCAAUCGCAGGACCAGCGACAUAUGGUCCCCGAGGUCCCGGCCCCGCAGUCAAAGCCUGAACUCUGCAGACACUCGCUGGCUGCACUAUCGCACCGUCAGGUUCUUUAUCUCUGACUCUGAGGAUGAAGAUGGUUUCCAUGAAGAUAAUGAAGCCUCCUCUACUGAAAAUGCGCCUCGCUCCAUCAAGAGCAGAGAGCGGCCCCGGAGCGCUGCACCCAAAGACCAACUCUCCAGAGUCAAAGACAUGCACCUUGGUCCUUCCACUCACCACUGUAAGCCUGCCUCACCUCAGGGCCACAGAAGCUCUUUACCUUCUCUUCAAGACAGCAGACAACCUUUGCGAGCACUGGAGCAGCACAGGUCGCAGCAAGCCAGCCCCCUCGCCCGUGGGCAGAAGAACGGAAAAAAGAGGCAGCGUUCACAGGUCUCUAUGGGCAGAAAGUACUCCCAGAACACACACGCCUCUCUCUCUCCAACCAGGCUGCAGCAGCAACGACCCUCCUCUGCAGGCCCCGUUGUGGAAAACUACAGACAGAAGAUACUGAGGACCGGUGGCUCUCGUGGGGUUUUCUUUGACACAGCAGUAGAGUUGAUGUCAGCACUCAGCCAGGAAGAGAGGGAGCUACUUGAAACCAUCACAGAGAAGGGAUACCCUUUACGCACAGCUAUUCUUGCUCUGCAAAAGACAGGCUAUCACAGCCCAGAGAAGAUUCUAAAAUACCUGGUAGCCAGUGAUCGUCUGUGUAAGCUGGGUUAUGAUGAAGCUCAAGUGGAGGAGGCCUUGGAGAUGUUUCAGAACUGCGAAAGCAAGGCUGCUGAGUUCCUGCGCCUUCUGACUCAGUUUAAUGAGAUGGGCUUCCAGCAAAAUGCAAUCAAAGAAGUACUGCUUGUUCAUGAAAAUCACCGUGAGAGGGCUCUUGAAGAACUCAUGACACGCAUGGCUUGAACAGAACAUCUUACCAUUUAUAAUCUGCAUGGAGAAUGGAUUAUUUUCUAAAAUACAGUGUGUGUGAAAUGAUCUAGUUAUUAUACAGUAUGUACUAAACUACAGUAUGUGAUCAAAACAUUAUACUUAAAAGAUACUGACUUACUCCGACUAAUG